UUAAAGAAUUCAUAAUGUCUCGUCAUGUUAGCUCGCGCUAUUUAUUUGAAACUGUAGGAAAUACAAGGACCUUUCGACACCAAAGUUGCAUCAAUAACCAGAUUUUUGAAUGCCAGACGUGUCACAAUAUCGUCGGAAAAAAUGAGCCCUACAGUCAUCACUGGCUAAAUGUUUCCGAUAAUCAACACAUUAAAUUAAGCUUGGAAGAGAAGAAGUUGCUCAAGCGCAUAGAAUUACAACGUAUUCAAACAUUUUUUCUGUGUGAUGAAAGCGCACGGAGUCGUACUAAUGAAUUUUUAUUGGAAGCCGGUAUCGAAGCUGUUCCUCAACUACUCCGUUUCCUGAACUAUGGGGCGAACCGGUUAGAGGUAACGAUUGGGUUUCAUGUGACAGUGCUAGGGAAGCGUAUGUAUUGCGAGAGCACCCCUGUUAUAAUAGGCAAUCAUUUGGAUAUAAAGGAAACCGUGGAUAUGCUGUUCUCGAUAUUGCUAGAGAAGAUAGCCAGCUUUGUAAUGGUAAAUCAUCGCGUCCCGCUAGAGGCAUGUGCUAUAAAACGUAUAAAAGUUAUGGUAAUGCGUCAAAUGUUUGGAAAACCACAAAUACCUUUACAAUAUCGUGUUAAAGCCAAUACAAAUUAAUUACACAGCAAGCACACCACAGGUACAAAAGUAAACAUUACGCUCCUCCAUAAAAGUUUUGCUGGCUGUUAUGAACAAAGUGUAGGA